CAAUAUUAUGUCAUAGACAUUUCAAUCUAUCAUCAAACUUGAAAAGAAAAAGAGCAACACAAAGUCAGAAGAGAGAGUGAGAAAUGGAGGAGGCUAGGGGAGUGGUGAAGCAUGUACUAUUAGCAAAGUUCAAAGAUGACAUUUCACCUGAUAAAAUUGAAGAUCUCAUCAAAGGCUAUGCAAAUCUCGUCAAUCACAUUGAACCCAUGAAAGCCUUUCACUGGGGCAAGGAUGUAAGCAUUGAGAACCUGCAUCAGGGUUUCACCCAUAUCUUUGAGUCCUCAUUUGGGAGCACUGAAGGCGUUGCAGAGUAUGUUUCACACCCGAAGCAUGUUGAGUUUGCUAACCUCUUCCUUGCUCACUUGGACAAGGUACUUGUGAUUGACUACAAACCUACAACUGUUCGUUGUUGAAAGCAACUGAAGAAUUGGGGAGCUAUGUACAUCUUUUAUAUCUUUUGAUAAUUGCUGUAAGCCUAGAUCUUUCUAAAGGGAGCCCAUGGCGAUUUAUACCUAUCGUUAAGGGCGUGUAAGCCAUUAUGUGCUUUAUCAACCCUGAAGUUAUUGGAUUUGACUGAACUUCUAUGAACCUUUUAGUCUUAAAUUGAGCAAGAAUAAUGUCCUGAAACCUUGUUUACGUUUGCUUAAUGUCUGCUAAAUGUCCUGUAUGGAUGUGUUCCAUUAUUCCGAAGGAUGAAGUAACUAUAUAUGAAAUUAAAAUAAUAUUUUGAAAGACCAACCACCUGGUAUUUCCACACA